AUGUCAUAUUUAUUCCGCCUUCUCGUGGCUUUCGCCGUCUCUUGCGCUUUCCUGACGUGUGGUUCCAGCAUGGACGAUCGGCAAUCCAGGCAACACAGGAGCUACAGCGAGAUCGAGGCAGAGCAGCAGGGGAGCUGCGCGCGGACUUGCGCCGAGGUCAAGUGCGACACCUUGGGUUUGCGUUACGGCAAGUACUGCGGCGUGGGGUGGGGGGGCUGUCCGGGGGAGGCACCAUGUGAUGACCUGGACGCCUGCUGCAGAAAGCAUGAUAAAUGCGCCGGAGAGUUUGGCGUCCAGGCUGUUCAGUGCCACAAGAAGUUCAAGAAAUGCAUGCAGAAGGUGCAAGCGUCAGGAAAGACAGGAUUCUCCUCGCUUUGCCCUUAUGAAAGGGUCAUUCCGAUGCUUGUACAGGGGAUGGAUCUUGCAAUAACGCUCUCGCAGUUUGCCAGCGGCCAAGGAGUAACUGCUUGA